GGAGGGGGGGGGGUUCACCUGUGGAUGUGUAUGUGGAAGGAGACACCACUGCCUGCUCGCCUGUCCCCUUUCAAGGUCCUGCAUGCAACGACGCUGGGAUGACUGCAAGCCGACAUUAAAGAGAGGAAGAAAGGAAAGAGAGAGGGGGCAGGGAAAGGCUGCAGAGAGAGAGACAGAGAGAAGGAUCAAGAAAAAGCAGAAAACAAGCCUUUCAUCUGAUUCUUUCAGCACAGGUUAUCGAUGGCGGAGAGUGGGUGUCCUGUGUCCAAACCAGUUGCAUCAGAGGGCACCGUCCCAUCCAACCUGACCAUCACAAACGACAGCAUUCUACCACUCUCAAAGACCUCCACUGAACUAGUGAAGGGCCAAGUCCAGCCAGAGGAGCUCUGCAAAAGCUCCAGGGAGGAACCGUGCUCAGAAAAAGUGCUGGAAGAUAUAGAAAGCCAUAUAAAAACAAAAGCAAGAGUUCCUGUUACACACCGUUCAGUUAACCGCUUAGCUAUUCGCAAUGUGACACGUCCUCACAGUAUUGCAGAAGUUCACAUAUCUGAGGGGGUAGAACUACAGCUGGGAGAUGGCAUGAUCCAUCGGAAUGAGCAGGUGCCACUGGCCUCCAAGGAGAACACUUGUUCCUCACACAAAGACUUGAGAGAGCAGAGUCUGGCCCCAGCCAAGCUGUCUGUUCAGAGGAGCCACUCGGAUAGCCUGCAAAUACAGAAAGAAGGCCAUGCACCUCCUCUUCACUGUGAAACUAGUGGUACUAAUUGUCUAGGUAAAAAUCAAGAAGCUCCUAUCCAGUCUUUCAUUUGCAAGCAGGCCAUGCAACUGCAGCAGAACAGCACUACCACCACCUUCUGCAGAGCAGGCAGCUGUGGCUCAGGCUGCUCGACCCAGCAAAAUUGCUGGGUUCAUAUCUGCAAUUCUGGCCCUCCUCCAUUAUCAGGAGAUCUUGGCAUGGACACAAAACAUGCCCGGUUUGAAGAAGCUGUCUGCUGCGGUUCAUACAAUCAUGGAACUCUUGAGGACACUUUCGCCGCUUACUGUCAUCCCCAGCCCAUCCCAGCUCCUGCCCAGCUGUUGCCACGGCUAACUGGCCUGGAAGGGGACUGCAGGGGACAGAUGGGUGGUCCGGCUCUGUUGGCCCUCCCGCCGCUCAUUUCCUCAGUCAGUGAGACAGGGCUGGAUGCCAAGAGACUGCUCCGCUGCUGCAAUCUGGACUGCAACUGGCCAGGUCCUUUACGCCAGGCUGGGAGUCAGCAGCAGCAACCUGGGGAUGAAGGCCGAAGCACCAGAGAUGCAGGGACCAUGACCUCCAGCAAAGAGCUGAGGGACGUUGGGGUUCAGGUGGGGGUUCAGACGGAUUCAGAAAGACCACCUCAACACGUGUUCCCAGAAGUUUGCCUGGUUGAUGAGAAAAGCGAUACAGACAAGUCAGCUGCAUCUCAGAAAUCUCCAGUGAAGGAGGUAAAGUGGGACGCAGAAGGAAUGACAUGGGAGGUUUACGGAGCUUCAGUGGACCCUGAGGAGCUAGGCCUGGCCAUUCAGAAGCACCUGGAGCUGCAGAUUAAGGAGACUGCAGUAAAGGCAGCAAAGCUUGCACGGCAGGACACAAAUAUGUCCCAGAAUGGCAUGGGGAAGAGCCAGCAGAGAAGGAGGGGCUUAAUGUCUGCUCUGCGUCCUCCAGGCUGUUGUACCCGCACCACUACUGCAGUGGACUGACUGCCAAAAAAAACAUUGGUUUCCCCGCUUUCAAGCCUCAAAUAGACACAGCAUACUAGAAUAUAGUUAGCAAAAGCUUCAAUAAUUGAUUGACAGAAU